AUGGCCAUCGCAACAGAGACUCAACCUCAACAACACAAGGAUUCUUCUGAGGUAUCGGGUUCAGCUGCGGAGCGGAGGUGGACGCUGAACGAUUUCGACAUUGGAAAGCCUCUUGGAAAGGGAAAAUUCGGCCACGUCUAUUUGGCAAGAGAGAAGAGUAGUAAUCACAUUGUUGCUUUGAAAGUACUCUUUAAGAGCCAAUUGCAGCAAUCUCAAGUUGUGCAUCAACUUCGGCGAGAAGUUGAGAUACAAAGUCAUCUCCGACAUCCCCACAUAUUGCGCCUCUACGGAUACUUUUAUGAUCAGAAACGAGUGUAUUUGAUUUUAGAGUAUGCACCCAAAGGUGAACUUUACAAGGAAUUGCAAAAAUGCAAAUAUUUCAGUGAAAGGCGUGCAGCUACUUAUGUUGCAUCAUUGGCCCGGGCCCUAAUAUAUUGUCAUGGAAAACACGUAAUACACAGAGAUAUUAAACCAGAGAACCUUCUUAUUGGUGCACAGGGUGAGUUAAAAAUAGCAGACUUUGGCUGGUCAGUGCACACAUUCAAUCGCAGGCGGACCAUGUGUGGCACACUGGAUUACCUUCCUCCGGAGAUGGUGGAGAGUGUAGAACAUGAUGCGAAUGUGGAUAUAUGGAGUCUCGGUGUGCUGUGCUAUGAGUUUCUUUAUGGGGUCCCUCCCUUUGAGGCUAAAGAACAUUCUGAUACUUACAGGAGGAUAGUACAAGUGGAUCUCAAGUUCCCUCCCAAACCAAUUGUGUCUUCUGCUGCAAAGGAUCUUAUCAGUCAGAUGCUGGUGAAGGAUUCCUCGCAACGACUACCAUUGCACAAACUCCUUGAACACCCUUGGAUUGUUCAGAAUGCGGAGCCUUCUGGUGUAUAUAGGAGCUAG